CUGGAAGCGCGGGGCAGCUGGCUUCACCUCCAUCCCGUGGGAGCGGCGUUGUGCAGCGGCGGGGGUUCGGCGGCCCGGCCCCGGGGUGGUGCCGGAGGUGGAUCCCGCCCCGCUCACCUGUGCAGGUCGGACGGCCGCGCAGCUCCCGCUCCCGCUCCCGCUCCAGUUCCAGCCCGCUCCUCGGAGGAUGAACGCGCCGAGGCUGCCGGCCGAGCCCGGCAGGGAGGCAAGAUGCAGCAAGAGUACCAAUAUUAGAAGAGGAUCUUUAACUCACCUCACCUGUUUCAGCCGUGGACAGUCAUCCUACUCCCCUGCACCCACAUACUUUGCCCCACCCUCUGCUCAUGCUGAUCAUCACUUGCAUGUUCCAUUCCUCAAAGUUCCUCCUGCUGUCAGACAAAGCAGCAAGUGACUCUCCUUUCUGUUGCCUUUUGUCUCUCCAUGUUGUUCUCUGUCCUGCAGCCUUCACUCCUCUCAAGUAUUCUGACACUCUGCACAGGCAAUUUCAUACUUUCAGUGGUGAUUCUUCCCCACUGGCCAAAAACCAGUUGAACAGAACAGGGAGAGCUACUCAACAGUUGCAUUUAGAAAAAUUUUCCAGAGGUGUGACUUAUCCUCUAUUCCUACGAUUAAAUCUCUGACAAAUAUCACGCCCAAAAGAAGGAAAUCCGCAUAAGAAAGGGCAAGUGCCUGCAAUGCUGUCUAGAAAAAAUAGCAAAAUUGUAACAGAUCUCAGUGGGAACAAUGAAGAACCUUAAGCACUGGGAGGCUAAGGAAAUCUAAGUAUUCCCUGACAGAUGAAAUAACUUGACACUGAAUCUAUUUGAAGGAAUGGACUGCAAAUAGCUGAGAACAUAAUCUAGAGUGUGAUGUGAGAUCUUCAAAUUCAAAAUACACUUUACCCUCACAUUCUUUUUUUUAUCAACUAAGUUUCAACCUAGAUAGUCAACAAUCCUUAGGGGUCUUUUUGGGACACUUCAUUUACAAUGCAUGUAUGGAUUUCAUGUGGAAUGAUCCUGGUUCUGUUCUAAAUCUCUGGCGUGUCCCACAGCAAGUAAUUCAGAUGCCAAGCUUGCAUUUCCCAUUCAUUAACAGUAAGGUUAGUUCUUCAGUAUAGUAACACUAAAAUGAGGAGGAACUAUGAUAUACUGCAAAAAACGAAGACAACUUAUUGCUCUAUUCAUAGAAUCAAAGAAUCAUUAAGGUUGGAAAGGACCUCUAAGAUUAUCUAGUCCAACUAUCAACCCAUCCGCACCAUGCCCACUGAACCAUGCUUCUCAGUACUACAUCUCCAUGUUUCUUGAGCACCUCCAGGAACGGUGACUCCACCACCUCCCUGGGCAGCCUGUUCCAGCACCUGAGCAUUCUUCCUGAGAAGAAAUUUUUCCUAGUAUCCAACCUGAACCUCAGCUGGCGCAACUUGAAGACAUUCCCUCUCGUCUUGUUACCUGGAAGAAGAGGCCCACCCCCACCUCACUACAACCUCCUCCUAGGUAGUUGUAGAGAGUGACAAGGUCUCCCCUGAGCCUCCUCUUCUCCAGACUGAAUGAUCAAAGUUCCCUCAGCAGCUCCUCAUAAGACCUCUGCUUCACACCCUUCACAACUUCAUUGCCCUCCUCUGAACAUGCUCCAGGGCCUCAGUGUCUUUCUUGCAGUGAGGGGCCCAAAACUGAACACAGUACUCAAGGUGCGGCCUCACCAGUGCUGAGUACAGAGGGACAAUUGCUUCCCUGCUCCUGCUGGCAACGCUAUUUUGAUGCAAGCCAGGAUGCCAUUGGCCUUCUUGGCCACCUGGGCACACUGCUGGCUCAUGUUCAGCUGGCUGUCAACUAGAACCUCCAGAUCCUUUUCAUCCAUGCAGCUUUCCAGUCACCCCGCUGUAAGCCCGUGGUAAUGAGUGGGGUUUUUGUGACCAAAGUGCAGGACCCGGUACUUGGUCUUUUUGAACCUCUGGCCUCAGCCCAUCAGUCCAGCCUAGCAAUUUUGCAGAACAUGUUUAUCUGCAACUAAGUGCAUUAGGCUCUGGUAGACUGAAAGAUCUCGCCCAGAACUGCAGCCUAAGCAGCAACAAAGUCAGCACCAGUGGGUAUGGGGAUGAGGCAUUGUUCUCUUCACUUCACUCGCAACCAAGCCUGGUUUCACACUGAGUGUCAAAGACAGCCAUCAGCAGGGCAGUGCCAUGCAAAUGUGCAGCACGUGCAGGACGUGAGCCACAACUUUGUGAACUUUGGCAACAAGUGGGGAAAAAAUUACUGAGAGAAAUGUGAUUGCUAUGGCCAGCACAGACGGGGUCUCUCUUGUAGAUGUAAAGCCAUAGUUUGUCAUAUAGAUUGGUGAUUUCAGGUCGGUUCUUGAUGGAUGACUGAAUGUUCAUAUUGCCACAGUGACCCAUGGAAUGGACUGGCACAGGCAGAGGACCAAGCAGUUUCUCUACGCCAAGGCAUUUUGGCUGUGAAGCCAUCACUCCUGUGGCAAUGGGUGAACUGAUCUCUGAUCGUGGGACUGCUCUUGGAGCACCAGGAAGUGAAAUGAAAUGCUCAGAGCAUGUUGUUUGGCAUCACACUCCUUACACCAAUCAUUCUUCAUGUUUCCAGUAUAUUUACAAUGCUCAUUAAAAACUGGAGGGAGGAAAAGUGACCAAACAUCAAGUGAUGCUCCAAGGAGUGGAAAGAUGUAUAUACACACACUGUUUGGUAACUGCAUGUUGGGUAAGUGUUGUAUUAGGCAGUAAGCGUAGAGAUUGGAUGACAGUACCAAUUCUUAAAGGAUUUAUAAUGUGCCAUGGAAAACAGAGGAGUUUAAACUAAACUGUUGCAAAGACUUAAGAACCACGUUUAGCUUUACACUUUGUGUAUGCUUUCAGUGAGGUCAGUGACACUAUUCACUGCAGAAAGCCAAGGAGGUGUGCAGAUCCCUGCCAGACUGAGCCUGAUGGUCAUCCUGGGACUGGAUGCAGGGGCUGGUACUGACCAGAUGUACAAGCUGAGGCUGCAGGGGCAGCUCUGAGCUCUGGUCUGAUGGAAAAGCAGCAUUCAAAGCUGCUGAGCAGUCCAGGUCUUUUUCCUACACCUGCAGUAGAUGCUGUGUGGCUCUGAACUCGUGCCUACAGUCCCACAAAAGCACUGACACCCACUUACCUAUGGCUAACAGAAGUAAGCUCAGUUAGAUUUUUCUGUAAAAGCACUUCUGAGAGCUUUAGCAAACAAAGUAUUAGACACAAGGGGUGGACCUUGCUGGGGGUGUCACGCUGUGAAUGCCAAAGGCUUGGCACCAGGCCGUCUGCCCGAAGGGACCGGCCGGGGCGACGGGGCCGAGAGAGAGCCGAAAGCGGUGGGGCAGCCUCGGAGGGGAGGGAGCGACGGCCUCCCUCCGCCGGGAGGGCGCGGCGAUGUCCGGGAGGCGUUAAGAGCGAGGUGGGCUCCGCGCGAGCGGAGCGGCUGGGGCAGAGCUACGGGCUGGGCGGCGGCGGGGGGUGGUGCCACGGGUAGCGCGGCGCAGGGCGGCGGCCCCGCAGCCCCGGGCGGGCGGCAGGUGGGAGCGAGACGCGGCGGGGAAGGGAUGGGCUGCGCGCCCAGCAUCCACGUCUCGCAAAGCGGCGUGAUUUACUGCCGGGACUCGGACGAGUCCAAUUCCCCCCACCAGACCACCACCAUCUCGCAGGGUGCCACCACCCUGCACGGCCUCUUCGUCAGGAGCGACGCGGCCGACUCCAUCCCCGCCGUCCUCGCCUACCAGAGCCGGCAGCCGCCGCCCUGCUCCGGUCCCUGCCGCAGGGAGCCCAGGGCGCCGCGCUCUUGCGGCAUCGAGGCGGAGACCCAGACCAGCAGUGCCAGCCUCAAGCAGGCUUCAGCUACAGAGGUACAAAUUGGCCCCAUGAGACUGACACAAGAUCCAAUUCAGGUUUUGCUGGUCUUUGCCAAAGAAGACAACCAAAGUGAUGGUUUCUGGUGGGCCUGCGACAGAGCUGGUUACAGGUGCAACAUUGCCCAGACUCCAGAGUCAGCACUUGAAUGUUUCCUUGAUAAGCACCAGGAAAUAGUUGUUAUAGAUCACAGGAACUCCGGAUAUUUUGAUGCAGAAGGUAUCUGCAGGUCUAUUCGUGCCACAAAGCCAUCAGAACACACUGUAAUACUUGCUGUGGUUCCAUGCACAUCUGCUGAUCAAGAAGAGACUUCUGUUCUUCCCCUUCUUAAUGUAGGCUUUGAUAGGCAAUUCAUGGAGAAUAGCAGCAUAACUGCUUGUUACAAUGAACUGAUUCAAAUAGAACAUGGGGAAGUGCGAUCUCAGUUCAAAUUACGGGCAUGCAAUGCAGUAUUUACAGCGUUAGAACAUUGUCAAGAAGCUGUAGAAAUAACCAGUGAAGAUCAUGUUAUUCAGUAUGUUAAUCCGGCCUUUGAGCAGAUGAUGGGGUAUCACAAGGGAGAGCUCAUUGGCAAGGAGCUUACUGAACUACCAAAAAGUGAUAAAAACCAUGCGGAUCUGUCAGACACUAUCAAUGCAUGUAUUAAAAAAGGAAAGGAAUGGCAAGGGGUUUGCUAUGCAAUAAGAAAAUCAGGAGACAGUAUCCAGCAACAUGUGAAGAUAACACCAGUGAUCGGUCAAGGAGGGAAGAUCAGGCACUUUGUGUCCCUCAAAAGGCUGCGUUGUACUAAUGAAAACAACAAGCAGCUCUGCAAGAGUCACCACGAUGAGAAUUAUACAGGAGACAAUUCUCAGUCAGAAUUCCAUUCCUCCAAAUGCAAAAACAGAAGGAAAGACUCAGUUGAUGUUAAGUCGACAACUACACAAAGCAGUGAUGCUCCAAGUUUACAGACCCGGCGAUACUCUUCUGUGGCAAGGAUACAUUCAAUGACAAUAGAAGCUCCUAUUACAAAGGUUAUUAACAUAAUUAAUGCCGCCCAGGAAAACAGCCCCAUCACUGUAGCAGAAGCCUUGGACAGAGUUCUGGAAAUCCUGCGGACAACAGAACUUUACUCCCCUCAGCUAGGUACCAAAGAUGAAGAUCCUCACACAAGUGAUCUUGUUGGAGGUCUGAUGACUGAUGGCUUGAGACAACUGUCCGGAAAUGAGUAUGUGCUUUCUAAGAAUAUGAACCUAAGCCAUAGUCAUCUUUCAGUGCCAAAUACUAUCAGUGAUGUUCCACCUUGUAUUGCACAGCUCCUGGAUAAUGAGGAAAGCUGGGACUUCAAUAUUUUUGAAUUGGAAGCUGUUACAAAUAAAAGGCCAUUAGUUUAUUUGGGCUUAAAAGUUUUUGGCCGGUUUGGGGUCCCUGAGUUUUUGAACUGCUCAGAAGCCACACUGCGAGCAUGGCUGCAGGUGAUCGAAGCCAACUACCACUCCUCCAAUGCAUACCACAACUCCACGCACGCUGCGGAUGUCCUGCACGCUACCGCCUUCUUUCUGGGGAAGGAGAGAGUUAAGGGAAGCCUUGACCAUUUAGACGAGGUGGCUGCAUUAAUAGCAGCCACCAUUCAUGAUGUAGAUCACCCUGGACGGACCAACUCUUUCCUGUGCAACGCGGGCAGUGAAUUAGCUGUCCUUUACAAUGAUACUGCUGUGCUAGAGAGCCAUCACACAGCACUGGCAUUUCAGCUGACGGCUAAAGACAGCAAAUGCAACAUCUUCAAGAAUAUUGAUAGAAAUCACUACCGGACAUUGCGCCAGGCCAUUAUUGAUAUGGUUCUGGCAACAGAGAUGACAAAGCACUUUGAACACGUGAAUAAAUUUGUGAACAGCAUCAACAAGCCAAUGGCAACUGAGGAGAUCAGCUCACACAGUGAAGGCAGCGACUGUGAAUGUACGGCCAACAUAAAGAAUUUUCCAGAUAACCAAACACUGAUCAAGCGCAUGAUGAUUAAAUGUGCAGAUGUAGCAAAUCCAUGUCGUCCCCUAGAACUAUGCAUUGAAUGGGCAGGGAGGAUUUCAGAGGAGUAUUUUGCACAGACAGAUGAGGAGAAGAGACAGGGCCUGCCUGUUGUGAUGCCAGUAUUUGACAGAAACACCUGCAGCAUUCCCAAGUCUCAGAUUUCCUUCAUUGACUAUUUUAUAACAGACAUGUUUGAUGCAUGGGAUGCAUUUGCACACCUGCCUGUUUUGAUGCAACACUUGGCUAAUAACUACAAACACUGGAAAACGCUGGAUGAGUUAAAAUGCAAGAGUCUCAGGCUUCCAUCAGAAAACAACAACUGACCCUAAAGCAAGAAAAACAGACCUCCAGAUCUACCAGCUUCACUGUGAAUCACUUAUUAACUUGGAUACAAGGGGGAUAGUGUUUCCUUUCAAGUGAAACUAAGACUGUGUGGUAGAAACAAAGUAUUUCAUCCAUCACUUUUAAGCUUCUCUGAAUUCCAUAGAAAAAAAUGUUUUCAAAAAGUCCAUAAAUAAGUGCACUUUGGAAAUAUCAUUUAGUGGCAGAAAACGUACUUCUGAAACUAAUUUCUAGUACUGAAUAUGCAUCUGUUGAAUCUUGUAUCAAAUACAACUGUAUCCACUAACACUUCACACAACUCCUUCUCAGACACAUGUAAUCUAAUCACCAGGAAAAGAAUAAGUUGACCAACAACCACAAAGACUUCUCAGUUAUCAAGCAUAAAUUUGCUCCCAUUCUGCCAGUGCUCUUUAGCUCUUUCAACCAUAGUUGUAAAGACAGCAUGUACAGUGAACAAGUAAACCUCAAGAAACUGGGCACAUUAAAAACAAACCCAGCACCAUUUAAAGCAAAACUUUCAUUACAGACAACAUUAACCUGUUCUUUCUUUUCUGUAUAAGAAGUAAAAUUCCCAUAAAUGGGCUAUACAUCAGAGGAAUAAGCAUGUUCUGUGUAACUGGUGCCAUCCACAUUUUUCUCUGCCAUCUUAGAUAUUACCAUGGGAUAUUCUGUCAAGUUUUACAUAUAAGCCAUUGUGGCAGUUGAUCAACAUCCUUUUUGAUAAAGCAAUGGUUGUACACAGUCAUCAAUUUUAUUACACUGAUCUAAACUUUAUGACAAGGCCAUAUGUUGUGCUACUUACUUGUCAGAUGAACCUUUAGCUUUAAAAAAAAAAAAAAAAAAAGUUUCCAGGCUGUAAUUUGUAACAGCAUUACAAUUUGUACUGCUUUUUCCUUCCUAACAAAAUUCUGCUUGGUUUGGUCAUGUAAAAAAAAAAAAAAAAAAAGUACUCCAAAAGCUGUAAAUAAGUAAGUCAGAAAUCAAACAUAGUUUUUCAUUGGUUUUAAAAUAUGAGAAUUAUGCUAAAGCUUCCUAAGCACAAAUGCAUAUUUUUGUACAUCUCAUUUUAACCACAUGCAGACCAUGAACAUGAGUUCAAAUUUUAGACUAUUCUCAGAUUAUUCGGUUAAUAAAUACUGGCAGAACUGCUGAUUUUUAAACACUUUGCACUGCAGGCAGCACGCAAGAGUGUCAAAUCUGUCACCUCAGUUGAAAUGACGAGUCCUGAGACAGAAUCUUUACCACACCUCUACACUGUAUCAACAACUGAACUAAGAAAAAAAAUAAAAGGAGCUUAGAUAGCUAUGGAAGAAAAGUGAUAGUGAUUGUUUACUGCAGGUAGCUUACGUAAUGUGCCAACGUUUUUUGUAUGUUUUGUACCAAGUUUGGAAAACUAAAUGAAACAUUCAUAAACGUGCAGAAGAAUUUAUAUAAGGUAUAUUUUUGUUAGAACUGUAAUAGUACUUACUUUUGGUUGCUACAUAUUAAAAUGCUGCACUGUGCAUAUUUGAAGAAUGGUGUUUCUGGUGAAAGAUGUAUAUUCAUUACUUCUUAUUAUAUAUGCAACAUUUUUCAAUGGAUUUUUAUUCAGAUGAGUUGAGCCUCUGCUUUUUCUACAGUAAACUGCUUUUACCGUUCCUUUAUUUAGAACUAGUGGUUGUAGUGGCUCUCAGUGGUUGUAUCUUAACUAUUCCAAUUAUUGAAUGCUCACUGCAGCUUGCAUUAGAGAAAAGAAUUUAAACUUUCAAAGCUUUGUCCUCAUAUUUUAACCUGUUAAAUUCUGUAAGAUCAUUCUGCAUAACUGUAACAUCAUAGCCAUGUGAAACAUUUCAAUUCAGUAUUCUUGUCGCAGCUGUCACAUGAGGAGAAAUGUAAAUGGUAGAAGGAACGUAAGAAAUAAAGUUCAGCCUCAGUACAUGAGUUAAAGCAUUAA